AUGGCCUUCGCACCACUCCCCCGGCUUGCGCACGGCGAAGCAGUUCGCAGCUUUCUGCUUGGCCGCUGGGCUGUCUCGAAGACCUUCGACUACCGCAAAGGAGGUGGCCGCGGCGUGCUCGAGGGCUCUGCCACCUUCACCGACGUCCCCGAGAAGAAAGGGGUCCUGAUGUACGAGGAGCGGGGCGACAUGCAGCUGGACGGCUUCCCGCGGCCCGUCGAGGCCUAUCGCUUCUACUGCUUCAACACGAGCUGUUGGCCGGUCGAGGUCUACUUCGUGGACGACCCUACGAAGAAACACCUGCCCUCGCUGCUGCCUGAGCUGGCUGUCCACACCUCCUUCUUCGUGCCUUUGGCCUUUGAGGGGGCAGGCUCCCCAGAGAGUCUGGCCGCAUUCCGGCAUCUUUGCAUCGACGACCUGUACAGCGGCCAGCUGCGCGUGAACUCAGCAGACAGCUUCGAGUGGAACUGGUCCGUGCAGGGCCCCAACAAGGAUGGCGACAUCAAAGCCACCUACCGGCGAAUUUCCUCCUGA